AUGGAAGGGGAUCUGUCUGCAUCUCCCGGAGAACAGCUGGAGCUCACGCCCCUCCAGGAGCAGCCAGACGAGCAGACGCCUCUCAAUGGAGAGGUCCGGAUCACCCCCUCCUCGGCGGAGGAGCGCAGCCGAGCCCAGAUUACCAAGCAAAAUCCCUGGAGCUCCUGUAAUAAGACUUUGGUGGGAAAGUGUAAACUAUGGAUGGUAAUUGCAUCCAUUUUCAUCGGUCUCAUUAUAGUCAUCAUCAUAAGCUUAUGCCUUAUUGGAGCAACCUAUAUUGAUGAAGAUGAAUAUGAGAUACCUGAAUUAUCAUCAAACAAAACAUUCAUGAUCAUGCUAAAGAUUCCAGAGGAGUGUGUUACUGAGGAGAAGCUGCCGCAUCUGCUCACUGAAAGGCUCACAGAUGUGUACAGUUCAUCGCCUUCUCUGAAGCACUAUUUUUCAUCAGUUGAAAUAAUGGAUUUCAGUAGUGACAAUGCCACAGUCACUUACCAGCUGCUAUUUGGGGUUCCUUUGGAAGAUGACAGCUUUAUGAAGUACAUGAUGAGUGAAGAGUUAGUGCUGGGCGUAUUGUUACAGGAUUUCCAUGAUCAGAACAUGUCUGGUUGUGAAACUCUGGGGCUUGAUCCAACAUCCUUCUCAUUCUUUGCAUUCUCUGCUGAGCUUGACAAUUCACCGCACUGA